UUAUUAUACUCUUUGGGGUGACACAAUGACACACAGUGUAAGAAAUAAAGUAAAAUGCGGAAAAUUAAUUUAUUAUAAUGAAAUGUUUGGCGUAUUAGUCGUAUUGUCCUGUGUACUCGCACUCGCUGCCACCCGCGAAGUCAACUACUGCGGCGCUAGCAUGUGUGGAAACACCAAUGCACAUACAUUUUGCCAGUAUCCAAAAGGCCCCAGUGCUAAAUGUGAAGGCUAUAUACACGCCAGGCUUAGAGGACAUGAGAAGAAGACUCUCUUGGCGCGGUUUAACAGUUACCGGGCAUCUGCAGCACGAGGUGCAAUGCUCGGCUUCCCUGCAUCUGAGAAUAUGUUGAAAUUGCAAUGGAUGGAGCCGCUGGCUCGUGAAGCCCAGCGCUGGGCAGACCAGUGUCGUCCGCCGCGACGCCCCGAAGAACACGACACUUGUCGUGAUCUAUAUUCCUUGAAGGUCGGUCAGUGUGUUGCGUCGGUAGUGGGAGAUACGCCAAUCAGAGUCGAGCAAUUGACUGACAUUUGGUACAUACAAAACAUAUUUUACAACUACAGUGUGAACUUCUACGUACCUCCACGUAAUGAUAGCACAUACUAUGGAGAUUUUGCGCAAAUAUUUUGGUCGAAUAGUUAUAUGGUUGGCUGUGGUCGCAGUCGAUUUAUGGCGCCUUGGCAAGGUCGUGUCCAGCUUGUGGAACGUCUAGUCUGCAACGUAGCACCGUAUGGGCCCCAAGCGACACAAGCGAUAUGGAGCCCUGGCGCACCAGCUACACAUUGUCCACGCCAUUCAAGGCCAUCUUUCAAAGGGAGUGGCCUUUGUGUUUACGCUGAAUCGCGUCGUGAAGUGGAGAAGGCUUUGGAACAAAAAGAACGUGAUUUACAAUUAGGGAAACGAAAAAAAAAGGUGCGAAAGGUGCGAAAGGUACGAAGAGAAUUACCAGAUUAUGAUGAUACUGAUGAAAAUGAUGAAGAAAUACCAACAACACUUGUAAACAGAUGGACUCGAUCCACAACAACAGCAAAAAGUGUUCAUCCAUUAAUGGCCCUCAUAAAAUUAAUACCUUCUAUGGCCGAUUAUCCAGAUAAUUUCCCUAAAGAGGUGAUUGAUAUUGUUAAUACAGCUAGCUGUUUGUCCCCGUCACUUUUUAUAGUUUUGGCUUUGUUUUUAUAA